UGCAGUGUGAUGCUUUGUUCGAAUUUUAGUGAAACGUCGCGAAAGUCCAACUUGUGGUGGCACCAAACUACAAUGUGGUGGCUUGCACUGUCGUCAUCAUUCGUGGCUGUUGUAGCAUCCACACGCCCAAUUCCCAACCAUACUGUUCCCCUUCUUCACUCUAUCCUGGAUGCUGAAAUACACGUGGUGGAGUCACUUUUGGGGUUAUAUAACCAGCAAGCGCGGACGUUGGCAUUAUCCAUACCGGUAGCACAACCGACAAGUCAGCCAGCCAACCUCAAAGCUCCACCGACUGCUGGAUUGAAAACGUGGCAGCAUCUGGAACCCCCCUCAGCUGAGCCCCAUCACGGCUUGGACACCGUGUUGGUGGACAAGGCAUCCCACUUGUUUGCCCCUGACGUCACGGCGCUCCAGCUGCUCUCGUGGCGUGUUCACACAGCCGGACGUCGACGAAAACUGGUCGACACCGACGUCGAAACCGUCGACUACUUGGCCGUGGCUCGAACAAGUGGGCUGUUGGAGCUGCGCAACCCUCGGACAUUUGAGUUGUUGUGGCAACUCCACACUCGUAUCAAGUGUAUCACAUCCAUCCAUCAACUGGCUGGGACUCGAAGUGCGUUGGCACUGGUCUCUUCCCACGGGGACGUCACUGUGUUCACCGUGCGGGUGCUUGAGAACGGUCGGCUUCGCAUCGGGGAGCCUCAGCGAGACCGAACCAGCGAUCGCCCAGUAUGUUUAGUCGAGGCCGUUGAUGUCCCUCCAAAAGUCUUCAAGUGGGGGGAACCUCAGCCCAAACUCACGAGCAGUCCACCUCCCGUGGGCCUGCACGUCGACAUGUCCCGUCUAUUUCAAACCCCUCGGGGUCCUGAAUUCGUCGGGGCCAAGGUGUUGCUCGUGCAAGUGAGCUACGACAUUUACGUUGUUGUGGCAACUACCCAAGGCGACUUGCUUAUCUACACCCAUGGUGGCAUUUGUGUGCAUCAUGUUGCCCUGCACCGCCCCUUGGCUGCCCUAGUCGCCCUCCUCGGAGGAAGCAUCGCCUUCACACUUGGCACCGACGUUGGCAUCCUGAACGUACCGCAAUGGGGCCAUCCCAUUCAACUCUGCACUGGGUCAACAAACGCCCUGAUCAGCUUGGAGCGGGAUGUCCACCGUCCGUCGAUUUUGUACGCCGGCACGUCGGCGGGGACAGUGCUUGUGUUGCGAUUGCAUCGAUCGUUUUCUCAGCGGCAACCUAGGGCGGCGUGCUCCAUUCAGCAGCAACUCGUGCCCCAGGACCAACCAACUUUAACGGGUUGGGGGGAGGUCACGUCACGAGCAACUCACGUUCAGCUGGCAUCCCUCAAACGUCUCGUGUUUGUGGUGGCGAAUCGCACGUUUGCCGGCUACCAACUUGUGGACACCAACGUGGCCAGACGACUUUUCGCCACAGAUUGGAACGACCGACACAACACGACGCACACCAAAUUGCUUGUGACCAGGGACAAGACCCAUGAUGCAUUGGUGGUGCUGUCGUCGCGCUUUGCGAACGGCUCCACGUUGGUGGUGGUGCACGAAAACUUGAUGGUCCAGGACGCCCCCCAUUACGAUGUGUCGUGGGUUCGCGCGCCGUUAAUGGUGGUAUGUGCCGGCGGAUUCAUCGUGUGGCAGAAAUACCGCAAGAAAAUGCGACCGAACAGCGUCGAUCAAGACGAAAUCCUUCAAAUUGCACGCCAACUCCAGCGUCAGACACAGUACAACUAAUAAUUAAUCUACUGAAGUAGAAUAAGUUACUGUAGUACUAGUAGUCUGGAGUAACUUGCUAUUAUAGACAUACAACGCUGGAAAAAUGUAAAAAAGAACGUGAUCAAAUUCC